CACAACAACAAAGCUGAACUUGAGAGGCGGGGCUCGUGCGAAUGAUGGCUAAUGUCGGAAACGCUGGUGGAGAGAGAGUGCGAGAGAAUGUCAGCACACGAUAAUAAUACACAAUCCACGGAGACUUUACUGGUCAGAGAGCGACUUUUAGGAACAUCAGCCGACAUGCAGAACUCGGAUGAAUUUCAAGAUUUGCCAGUUCAUGAUGAUUUUGAUCCAUUUGAAUCCUACACGGAACUGCCCGAAGAAACUGUAGAUGCUAACUUGACGGCUCCCCCUGAAAAUGAAUGGUACCAUGGAUGUUUGGAUCGACAGUCGGCCGAGUUGCGACUCAAUGCUGCCGACAAACCAGGGAGCUAUCUAGUCCGAGAGAGUGAGCGUAAACCAGGUUCCUAUGUCUUAUCCUACCUGGGACAGAGAGGAAUUAACCACUUCAGAGUCACUGCUGUUUGUGGAGAUUUCUAUGUGGGCGGUCGUCAAUUUCAAACUCUACCUGAAUUGAUCGGGUACUACACUCACAUAUCCAACAUUCUCAAGAAUGAGAGAUUACAAUACCCUGCACCUCCGCCAGAGCCUGUGGAUGAUAAAAAGAAAGUUGUUGCAACUCUUCCAUACAAUAAGGUCCCUGAUACUGAUGAACUAAGUUUCAGUGCAGGGGAAGUGUUUGUAGUCCACAACGAGCUUGGAGGUGGAUGGUUGUGGGUGACAUCACAACGGUCAGGAGAGAGUGGUAUCAUUGUACAGGAUCUUGUUAAACCCGUGGAGGGAGAAAUAGAUCCUAAUGAGGGCAAAGUAUGGUUUCAUGGCAAUGUGUCCAAAGAAGAAGCGGCUGAAACCCUUUGGAAAGAUGGAGAUAUUGGAGGUUUCUUGAUCAGAAACAGUGACAAGAACCCUGGCGAUUACUCGCUCUCCUUCCGAGGACCCAACACCAUUCAGAGGUUCCGAAUCCAGAAACAACAGCGCCAGUAUGUCAUGGGAGGCAGAUACUACAACAGUCUUGAUGCUAUUGUGGAUCAUUACAAGAAGGAAGAGAUCAUUGAUGGCUUCAAGUUACGUGACCCCACUGCACCUAAGAAAUUCAAGAACCAGACAACCAGCACGGAGGACUCCUCACCUAUGAACUAUGAAGAGCUACGGAGGAGAAGAAGCAGUGGGUUUGGUCUGCAUAUCAUGACUGGUAUGGCAGACUCUAUCAUCAAACAGGGACAUCUCAGCAAGAAAAGUCAAAAGCACAAAAAGUGGAAGACAUACUUCUUCUUACUCAACGCCACAGAGCAACAUUUGUACUACUUUGACAACGAUGCGCGUACUAAGCCUAGGGGUCUGAUCGAUCUGGGUUAUGCAUCCGUCUACGCUGUCCAUGAGAGUCUGUUCGCCAGACCCAACUGUUUCCAGAUUGUGGUGAGGGCACUCAAUGACCUGCAGGUCUUUUACCUUAACGCAGAGUCACAGGAACUUGAAAAGGAAUGGGUCCAGGUGUUGCGUUCAUGCUGCAGCAAGGCCGGAUGGACAACCCAGUCCCAACGAGGGAGUCGUAAACGGCGCGUCAAGCAACUCAAAUCGCUUCGUCUGCGGAUCCUUGAAGCGCAUAACAUCUCCAGCAAGCAGAUCCCACAUGCAUACUGCGUGGUUUCACUCAACGAGGUCAAAGUGGGUCGGACGCCCGUACAGCAGGCCCCCAAUCCCGUCUGGGAUGAAGAAUUCAUGUUUGAUGACUUCCCUGAUGAGAUUGAUUCUUUCACCAUUGAAAUCUGCAACGGUGCUAAGAGAGCCAAGCCCACUCCCGUCUGUAGGACGUCCGUCCUUCUUGACCGCUUGACCAACGGGUCAGUGUCGGAUGAGUGGUAUCCACUCAUAUCGGCUGCCAACCAGAGCAAGUCGGUGGAGAUGGGAUCGGUACGAGCGAGGGCGCAGUUUAUUUCAGAGACCCUGAUGCCAAUUGAGGAGUAUAGCCCACUCAAAGAGCUGAUCUUUGAAGAUGCUGCGUACCAGAACAUCUUUGCUCUGGAAGAGGCCUGUGCCAAGGAUAGAACCCAUCUUGCCAGUGUUCUCCUGGACAUCUUCAUGCACCAGAGGAAAGAGAUCUCACUUCUCAAGAACCUUAACUCAAGAGAGAUUGAAAAAGAAGCUGAAAGAACAACCCUGUUCCGAUCCAACACCCUUGCCACGACCCUGAUGGACAGAUACAUGAAGACCACAGCUCAGAAGUUCGUACAGCAUGCUGUGGGUGGAGUCAUACUCAAGAUCAUGGAGUCAAAACAGUCUUGUGAGUUAAAUCCACAGAAGUUUGAGAAAGGAGCAGAUGCGACCGAGAACCUGGAACAUUUACUAGGAUUCCUCAAAGACAUCAUUGAAUCCAUCUUCAGCUCUACCAAUGCUUGUCCAAGGGCAUUACGAUACUUGUGCGCUUGUAUUCAGACAGAUGUGAAAGCAAAGUGGAAGGACGACCCAGUCUUGCCAGCAAGAGCUGUAGGAGGAUUUAUAUUCCUACGAUUGAUCUGCCCAGCUGUCUUGAACCCACGACUCUUCAAUAUUGUAUCAGAGGCCCCAUCACCAGUAGCCUGUAGAACGCUGAUGAUGGUCGCCAAGGCAAUACAGAAUCUUGCCAAUCAGGUCGAGUUUUCCAAGGAGCCCUACAUGGAGGCCAUUAAUCCAUUCAUUGUGAUCAACAAGGGAAGGAUGAUUCACUUUCUCACAGACCUCUGUCUUGUGAACGGCCCACCGACACCGGGUGAUGUACCUCCUAUAGACCUAGCCAGGCAGCUAGCAGCUCUACAUCAGCUAUGCGUGACACAUCUCAAAGAACUACAGCAGCUCAGUACAGUACAGCCAAGUCUGAAGAAACUGCUUGGAGUGACAGAGAUGCUGAACCAGAGGAAGAUCUACUACGUCGGGCAGCAGACUGCAAACUCCGGAUUCGGAACUUUGUCAUAACUUGCAGCUUAUUUGCAAGGAACUCCAUAGGUCUGUCUUCUUCUUAUGUCACGGUAUAAUAUCACUGCAGUAUAUUUUAUUUGGUACGUUGUUAGGAUGGUAUUUAUCCAUGGUAUCAUUUAAAUUCCCCCCUCCCCCCUUGUCAUAGUGUGAUCUUUUUUAUGUAACCCCUUAUGAUAUUUCUUUCUUUAAUGAAUGUGGAGGGGGUGUUCAAUGUACUUGCCAUUGUAAAAUUAGGGUACCUUUUAAGAAUUGAUCAAAGAGAAAUACUAGUAAAUCAUGUUUACAAAUCUGGCUCAUGUCUUAGAAAAUAAUGCGUAAUGAAAUUGAUUUUCUUGUUGAUAUACAUCAUUUUUGCAUAAGAACAGAUGUUUUGUUGUAAAUGGUAUUGAUUGCAUAUCUGAUAUUUUUUAUUCCUAUUUAUUGUGCUUGUUUUGAUAAUGUGGGAAUAAUUCAUGACAAGUUUGUAUAUCUGGAUCUGUAAUUUUGUGAUUUAUUCAUCCUUUUCUUUUGCGCUAUUGUCAAUAUACCGUUUUAUGCUGCAUGAAAAAUCUUUUUUUAAGGCAGAUACAGAGAGAAAGAGCAUCUCACACACACAAAUUAUUGGUGCAUCCCUCUGCAGGCCAAAUACCCAAAAAUGUGUAAUGUUAUCUAGAAAUAAAUAUUGUUUGAGAAAUUCCCUCAAUAUACAUUGGCCUGAAAGUUGCUUUUCAUGAUAUUGUAGUGUCUGCUUAAUUUUAAAUAACUAAUAGAGAUGGCUCAUCACAAACCUAAUACCAGUACGUACAUGUAAUCGCAGACUGCAUCAACAUGAUUUCAUCUCUUUCUCUAUUACAUAACAAUGUGGAGCAGAUAAGGUGCUACAAAUUAAAUGUCUGGAAAAUCCACAAGUCUCAACAUCAUGUUAACGAUCUUCCUCUUUUAUUGUAGGGUUAGGUGUGUCCAUAAUAAACAAAUUUGGAAUAAGUGUUUAUACCAGUUAUUCAGAAAUUCUUCCUUUUUUUGUUUUUAAAUGGGUUUUGGUCCCAUAGUCUUCCUGCUAUCAAGUCUAAGUUUAUGUUGCAAAUUAUUAAAAAGAAUUCUUUGUGUAUCCCAAUUGCCCACCUGUUGCACAAUCUACCAGAGCUUCCUUUGCCGACGCAGAAUUCAAAUUAUUUCAAAAGACCCACCUUUGCAAUUUGCAACGCAGAAUUAGCAAAGCUAAAAAAAAAAAAAUCUAGACACUCAUUCAGUCUAUCAUGGAAAAGACUGAAGCAAUAUUUGCAUUGUUUGCAGAUAGUAAGCAGUAUAUGUUUGUAGAAUCAAUGGCUUAAUUGAUCAGUUCAGUGUUUCUGAUCAUCUUGGUAUUUUUUUUGUGAUGUUGUCGUGAAGUGUGAUAUCUAUGUGAGGUUUUAGCAGCUCAAUAUAUUGUUUUGAAAGCAUGAAAUUUUAAAGGUUUUAAUCAGCGAAAUAUUAAAUUGGAGAGAUCAGCAAUCAUGGUAUUAUCUACAAUGGUUUAGUGAAUGGAUACCAAUUAACCCCCACCUAAUAUUAAAGCAAACAUUAACAGCAAAAGACCUUGCUUAUAUAUCUGCAGCUGAUUUGGUUAUUUCUUUUGUUUUUCAUUCUGGAAAAGCAGAUCUGAGCAUUUUAUUUUAUUUCAGAUGAUUGAAAAAGCUGAGGUGAAAAACAUUUGUUCAGAUUCUAACAAAUCUGGAAUGUCUGCAAUAUAUUAUCAAUUAGGAGCCUCACCCUUUUGACUCUUCAAUCUCAGGCUGAUCUUAUACUUUCAGGGUUUCAUUCUCUUUCUCCCGUUUGUUUUUUGUAGUUGAAUCUUGUUAUGCAAACAUGUAGUCUGCCAGUGGAUACAACUACAAUUUCAGAAAUGAACUGUGAAGAAAAAUCUUAAUUUUCUCUCCAUGGUACAGUCAAACCUGUCUAUGAAGACCACCCAAGGGAAACAGAAACUGUGGCCAUUGUAGACAGGUGGCCUUUCUAUACAGGUUCUACAACAUACAUAUCCCUCUCGAAGGAGACAAAGAUGCAUGACCACUGUAGACAGGUGGUCUUUAUAGGGAGGUGACUACUAAGACAGGUUUGACUGUAUAACAAAAUGCUACACUUUUUCUUUUGACACUCAGGAAACUGUUGAGUUUUUUUCAAUGAUUUUUACUUAUGUUUUCUAUCAGUGUGCUUUGAUUAAACUAGGGAUGACAAUUGUGGAUUGACAUUUGACUUUGAAUCCAUGACAUUUUUUGUUUAAAAGGUCAACGUUAUAGUGUUGUUAACACCUGUGAAGGAAAAUUAUUUUGAACAUGUACUGAGCUUUUGAAGAUGAAUUAAAGCUUACCAAUUGCCAAUUUGAAACAAAAAUCUGGUCAGUUGUGACACUAUUUGGUAUCUGUGAUAUCUCCUGUACCUAUGUAUAGAAGCACAUGGUUUUUAAGUGUAAAUUUGAUUCAUUGCACUAGGUGUUUGUUAAUGUAAAAUAAACUGAAUUUAUGCUUGUUAAGGUUGAACAUACAUAUAUAUACCGGUAGCUCAUUGUAGGAGACACUCAUCAAACUUGGGCAUGCUACAUGUAUAACUCAGAAUUAUUAGGUCCAUAACAAGUAUGGUUUGUAAAGGUAGACCAUACGAUUCAACAAUCACAACUUCAACUCCAUGAUUUAGUGUUGAUUCUAACAAAAAUUAUCAAUUUAUCUGUAUAAGGGCAUUAUUAGUUCAAUCUUUAAGGCUACUUGAGAUGUAAGAAUCAACACACAUGGAUUUGGACAGUAGAAUCAAAUUGUGGGGGGGGGGGGGGAGAUGAUACAUUCAGCCAAUUGAGACUGCUUUCAAAUUAGGAAUGACUGUUACACUUCUUGGGUUCAGAUAUCUAUUUGAAAAGUAGUAAAUGGGGUCAAAGUUUUAAAGGAGUCAGAUAUUUUACUUCUGAACCCAGUAGCAGCAUAAAAAGCAAAGCUGCUCUCUUUAUAGCAGUCAUGUACAAUAUCACUAACCAAUCAAAAUACAUGGGAUUGAGAUAGAAUAUUUAGAUAUUGAUUCUCCUUGGUAUUGUAAAUGAUUUCAGUAUACAUGCAGCCAUUGGCUUGGUUAUUUAAGGAAAUUUAUAUGGUAUUGAACAGUGUAAAAUUUCAGACAGUAUAGAUGAUUGUCAAGCCCCAUAAUUUCUGCAGUCAAAGGACUGCAUUACUAGUAUGUAAUACGUGUAGCAUAUUUGAAAUCCCUGCUAUGUAAUUUUUUCUUUGUUCAUAUUGUCUGUUAGGAGCCACAGGAUGGUGAUGGAGAUAAUUCAACACAGAUCUAACGCCCUUGUGCCUCAAAAGGGACAAUACAAUCAUUAAAUUUGUGAAGUAAAGCUAGAUGAAAUUCAUAUAAAGGAAGGGGUAGGUUUCCCCAGCCCCCUCAACAGAUCAUUUCAAAUUGUGCAAUAUUACAAAAUUUGUCUUCUCAUUUUAAUACAUAACAGGGGAACCGCAUUAUGUAUCAUACAUUUUCAAGAAUACUUUGAGACAUGUUUAAUUGUUGGCUUAUGAUCAAAUUUUGCAUUGUGAUAAUUUUGUUUAUGCUUGUACUAUAAAUGUUAUGCUUGUACUUCAGAUUUUUAUUAGAUGACUAGAAUUGAGAAUAGUACUUUUGGUAUUUUGCACAAAUAAAGGUUUAAGUAUUUCAUUUUGUAUUUUUUGUUUGCAUGGAGAAUGCUUGUAAAUGUGCUAAAGAAGUCAAAAUAUUAGCUGAGAAUGUUUAAAUAAGAAUGAUUCCCCGAGAUGUAUUCCAUUUAGUGAAAUAGUAAAUGAUUUCACCAUACAUGUAUAUAUUUUGGAUGAUGCCCCUCUUUUACAUUUUUUCCAGGCUAUUUUUCAUGUUUAUUUUUUUUGUUUUCUUUUUAAAAUAUACAAACAAAGAGGGUGACAUUGGAUUUUGUGUUUGUUGCAAACCUGUAUUUAGUAAAAAUUGAAAAAAUGUUAUAAUUUAGUUGCAGGAAUUGUAUACUGUGAACUGUUCAUGAUUUCUUUCACACCCAACUCUUUGUACAUUGUGUGCUAAAUGUAAAUCAAGGUCAUUUUUUACGAUGUAUGUUUGGUAGAACAUCACAAACUUUUUGAAUUCUUACUCAUAUAUGCAUCUUUGUUAACAGGUAUCAAACAUUUUUUUAAAGUAAACGUAGCAGUAGAGUUUUAGUUUGUUUCCUUUUUGUAUUCUUUUUAAAUCGAUAUGUAUAUGUUUGUAUAUUUGUGUGUGAGAAUAUAUUGGAAUUACAUGUAUUUAUUGUACUUGCGAUUUUCAGUUCAGUGCUUCAGUAAUUUUCUUUUUUCUUUCCAUCCAGUCAGGAUGGGAACUGUACAUUUCAUGGUGUUUCGGACAGGAAAACAACAAAUCAUUUACGCAAUACACGUGGACAGGCAUUUAGAUAGAUCUAUUAUUACAUGUAUGCAUUAUUUAGUUUCUUUUAUAUGGAAUGAUUGUUUACUGGUCCUACCCUCAGAAGUGUAAAUGAAAUAUUGAUUUUAAUGUGAAGUACUAUCUAACCAUAUUGUCAUACCCUUAUGCAUUAUACUCCUUUGUUGCUCAUUUAUGGUCUUGGUACCGAAAUGCUUGUCCCAAUAAUUAGUAUCAAAUUGUAGCCCUUUUUCUUAUUCUCUAUCUAGUAAUCUUUAUGUAUAGAGUGUAUAAAUCUAUGGAAGUCGUAUGGAAUUAAAAAAUACCCAGUCUGAUUGAAGAA